AUGGCGUCCCUACCUUACGAACUCGAAAAAAUUAACAAGCUAGGGUUUACGAUGUACGCCGACGACGUAUCGAUCUGGACCAAGAGCGAAGACAUCAAGAGGCAACAAGACACACUCCAAGCCGGCCUAGACAUGAUUGAAGCCCACCUUCACAAGGUAGGCCUCCAAGCCUCCCCAGACAAGACUAACUAUGUCACCAUAGCACCCAAACGACAACGAGUAAUGAAGAUUGGUGACCAGCUCCAUCUCGUGCUCGCAGGAAAGCGAAUCCAGCCCUCUACGUCUGUCAAGAUCCUGGGAAUUACCGUGGAGGAGACAGGCAAAGGGGACAUAUGGCUUCAAGACACGCUGAAGUACUGCACCUCUGCCCUCAAUGCCAUCAGAAGAAUCUGCAGCGCCAAGGGCGGUGCAACGGACGAGAUCGCCAGAAGGAUGGUAAAGGCCAUGGUAGUCUCCCGAGUCUGCUACGGAGCCCGACACUACUGGCUCACCAAGGCACAGUGGCGAAAACUUGAGUCCCUGAAUAACCAAGCUAUGAGGAUCAUCACGGGCCUCCCUCGGUUCACCCCGCUCAGGAAACUAAAGGAGCACGCACAGAUCAACUCACUUCAUGACACCGUCGUCGCUCGCACGGUUGCACACGGCGAACGUCUUAAGCACUUUAAGCAAGGACGGGAAAUCCUGAAACUCCUAUGGCGCGCAGCAGAAGGCCUCCCAAACCUUCCCGAGCAACUCCCUCCUUGGGAAGAUCACAUGAACAUUGCUGAAAACAAGCCGACUGCUCGAAAAGGCGACUCCCAACAGCAAGCACGAAUCGCAAAAGUGCACUCCAGAACGGUUGAGACAUGGACCAACCCCACUCACAUCAUGGCCGCAUAUACCGACACCGCCGCAGAAGACUCCCCGGUUCCGCUGAAGACCGCGGCAGUCUACUUUCCAGCUCUCGGCUCCUCGGCCGCGAACGCACUUCCAAUGCGCACCUCCAUCAAAGGGGGAAGGAACGACUACCAAAAUUUCCUGGGUCCCUGCGCAUGCAGGCAUCGAGGGCAAUGA